GUCGCAUUGUGACCGUCUUGACACAACAACGACUGGCGCUUGCUCCUGGGGCUGUCAGUCAGCAGUAUCGUCUUCGUCCAACAUGAAGAAAUGUGUGUUUUUAAUGGCGCCAUGGCACCAACUCGAGUAACUGUACAGGUAGUACAUGUCUCAGGCUGUGCACUGACUCCGGAUGACCCUGCCACGUGUUCACGAGAGCCCUGUACGAGCCUCGUUAGCGAGUUAGCUUCAGCAAGCUAACAACAACCGCUUCAGCGUCUCCGUUGUGAUGGACGAGGAUUUGUUGCUCGCUAUUCGGCUCCAGGAGCAGUUCGACAAUGAAUACGAAGCACCGUCGUAUCCGUCCAACAGCUUUGAGGAUCACGGCCUCGGACACAGUAGUAAGAAACGGAAAGUGGAGCGAGCUGGAGGAGGCAGCGCGGCGGUCCCUUACUGGAAGCCGACCGCCGAGCCCGACAGGCCGCUGUCCAUCGUGGACGCGUCCUGGGAGACGCUGGACCCCAGCCCCGAUGUCCGAGCCAUGUUUUUGGAGUUCAACGACGUAUUCUUCUCUGGGCAACUCCUCGGUGUCGAGGUCAAGUGGAGCCCGAGAAUGACUCUGUGUGCUGGUGUGUGCUCCUAUGAGGGCCGAGGUGGUCUGUGCUCAAUCAGACUCAGUGAGCCCCUGCUGAAGCUCAGGCCAAGAAAAGAUCUGGUAGAGACCCUCCUUCAUGAAAUGAUUCACGCGCUGCUGUUUGUGACCCAGAACAACAGAGACCGAGACGGUCACGGCCCCGAGUUCUGCAAACACAUGAACCGGAUCAAUGAUGCCAGUGGGACAAAGAUUUCUGUCUACCACAGUUUCCACGAUGAGGUUGAUGUGUACCGGCAACACUGGUGGAAAUGCGACGGCCCCUGUCAAAACCGCAAGCCCUAUUUGGGGUUUGUGAAGAGGGCCAUGAACCGGGCUCCAUCUGCUCAGGAUCCCUGGUGGGCGGACCACAAGAGGACGUGCGGAGGGACCUACACCAAGGUCAAAGAGCCCGAAGGAUAUUGCAAAAAAGGCAAGAAGGAUGGUAAAAAGAAUGGGAAGACCUCCGAGAUGAAGUCCUCGGGAAAAGAAAAGCCGUCAAUUACAUCCACAGGCUCUGGAUCACAGGACAUAUGGAACACAAUUCCAUUUAGUGGCAAAGGCUUCGUGCUCGGAGGGAAGUCACAGUCGUCCACGUCUUCCUCCCCAUCGCAAACACCGGUAGUACCUUAUUCUCCGAAGAAACUCUUCACCCCUCCGUCUCCGACUAAAAGUCUCGGUUCUCCUGUUCGCUCCGGUCUUGAUAACAAAGGACUCUCUAGGACCUCCACGGGGCUGAAGCCCCCUAUAAAGAGGUCCGUCGCUAACAUUAGAGCUUUUGUCAACAUGAACGGCUCGCCCGUGAGAAUCCCCAAACCCCACAGCAGCCGCCAUAGCCACGGAGCAGAUCCAGUCAAACAGAAGUCCAUUGAAGAGCUUUUCAACAGCCAAAGCAUCGGGAGGCCAGCGGGUCAAUCCUCCACCUCAAACACAGACAAUAAGCGAGAUUCUUUGACGUCGCUGAACAGUACUGCAUCCUCCAUCUUCCCCAAACAGCGAGAUAACUAUUCAGCUUCCACUUCCACACCAUCUAAGCCUAGUCCUAGUAAAUCCAGCCAUUCUGUAGUCUCAACAAAAACCAAAGGCAGCCCUGCUAAACCAACACAGUCCAAGUAUUUUAGCCAUUCCAAUAGUGACGGCACAUCAGCUUCUGGUGCAGGUCAGGCAUCGAGGAAGAGGCCGUGGGACGACCACAGGAGCUCCCCCAGCAUCACUGACUUCUUCCAGAAGACAUUGGGCAGCGAUUCAGCAGCAUCGAGCGAGUCGAUAAAGACCAAAUCGCCCGCAAUGCAGCCAAGAACAGCCGCGGCCUCCUCAUCCUCAUCUUCCUCUUCCCCCCAUUCCUCUGCGGGGCUUCAUAGUUUCACCCGCCCCUCAUCUUCCUCGCCUUCCUCCUCUGCACUGACGGUCAGCUGUCCAGUAUGCCAAGCUGAAGUGCAGGAGUCAAAGAUCAACGGGCAUCUGGAUUCCUGCCUCUCCUGAGUGAGGAGGAGCCGAUCGAGACAGUGAGGAGGGUUGUUCCACUCCAACCAACGUUAAAAACAUCCGGAGAGGUUUCAGGGAGCUUUCAGGGUUUUUAUCUUUUGUUGAACCAAUCUCCUUUUGGCUUUCUCAACUUUUGAGAUGUUGGAUAUUCAGUGGAAUGGUUUCACUUUUGUUAUGAAACGUGUGGUUAGACAAAGUUUUUACUCCCAGGCUGGAUAAUUUUUAUUCUUUGUGGUUCUUCUCUCACGAGUGCCUGUCUGACAGUUUGUGCCUUAGCGUUCCAAGGGCGACACGUUUUCUUAACAGAUGAGGUGAGUGAAGGGAUUUUAGUUGAAUUAAUGGCGUCCUUUUCGUCAGGCAAAACGAAACAAACAAACAACAUUCUGUCUGGUGGCGAGUACACGUUUGUGUACCAGAAACUGAUUGUUUUAAUGAUGUUGAAUAGUUAACAUGUUCAUACCAAUCUUCUUUACAUAAAACCUAUUGAAAGACAUAACAGCAACGGAUGAGAGGUAACUUGAUUGACUGUGUGUGUGUGUGUGUGCUCUACAUCUGCUGCCCUUCAGACAGCAGGAGACGCUGAAAGACCUCUGCAGAUCUUUGGGAAUCAGAUUUCCAUCUCGCCAGCUAUUUUCUGCACACGGUGGCAUUUACACUGCGGGGUCAGGCAGCACACGGGCAUCUGAUAGUGCUGAGUCAUUCAUUAAUACCUGAGCAUGGUGACAUGCUUUUUUUGAUUUUUUUAAUUCUAUUUUUAGGGAAAGGAAUAAAGUACAAAAUGCUAAUUUUACUGCUCCAACAUUUUAGAAUUGUUUCUGUAUGUUCCACAUUUACAUGUAUGGUUUUAAGUAAAUUGUUAAAUAUGUUUAAAUUUCAUUGCCAAAAUAAAUUUUUUAUACUAA